UCCGGCGACUCGCGCAGUUCCGCGAUGGCCUCCGAGGAAGCGAGCGGUAGCCCUCGUAGGUCUCGGCGGGAGCCGGAGGGACGCGCCCCGCGACAGGACAAGUAUUCGGUGCUGUUGCCUACCUACAACGAGCGCGAGAACCUACCGCUCAUCGUGUGGCUGCUGGUGAAAAGCUUCUCCGAGAGUGGAAUCAAUUAUGAAAUUAUAAUCAUAGAUGAUGGAAGCCCAGAUGGAACAAGGGACGUUGCUGAACAGCUGGAGAAGAUCUAUGGGUCAGACAAAAUUCUUCUGAGACCACGGGAGAAAAAGUUAGGCCUAGGAACUGCGUAUAUUCAUGGAAUGAAACAUGCCACAGGAAACUACAUAAUUAUUAUGGAUGCUGAUCUCUCACAUCAUCCAAAAUUUAUUCCUGAAUUCAUUAGGAAGCAGAAGGAGGGUAAUUUUGACAUUGUCUCUGGAACUCGCUACAAAGGAAAUGGAGGUGUAUACGGCUGGGAUUUGAAAAGAAAAAUAAUCAGCCGCGGGGCCAAUUUUUUAACUCAGAUUUUGCUCAGACCAGGAGCAUCUGACUUAACAGGAAGUUUCAGGUUAUAUCGAAGAGAAGUUCUACAGAAAUUGAUAGAAAAAUGUGUUUCUAAAGGCUACGUCUUCCAGAUGGAGAUGAUUGUUCGGGCAAGACAGUUGAAUUAUACUAUUGGCGAGGUUCCAAUAUCAUUUGUGGAUCGAGUUUAUGGUGAAUCCAAGUUGGGAGGAAAUGAAAUAGUCUCUUUCUUGAAAGGAUUAUUGACUCUCUUUGCUACUACAUAAAAGAAAGUUAUUCAUUAUACUUAUCAUGUUGAGUUCAUUUAAACAUAAAAGAAGCCUGGUUGCUGAUUUUUAUAAAAUGUACUCUUAGAGCAUAAAUCAUAAGGUAAGGUAAAUUUCAUACGAAUCUUUUUUUCUGAGGAAACUCCAUUUUAUAUGUCAAAUUAAAUUAGAAAAAUGAGCAGUGUUUUCAAUUUUCAUUUACAUUUUGCUGUAUUAUUAAGACUUGUAAAUAAAUGUAUUCGGUUUUUCAGAAAAUACUGAGCUUUCAUUAGAGUAUGUGAGUGCAGAAUUUCUUACAUGGCAAAGACUUUGAAGUAUAUUAAAAAACUGGAUUCAUAGCUCAUUGUAAUAGAUAACAGAAGUAAGAAGAAUGUUAAUUAUAUUCAUGAAAUAUAUAUGGCUGUUUCUGUACAUAUGAAGAAGUAGACACCUCUGCCCCUUCUUUAAAAAUGUAUCUCAAAUUUCUUAAACUAGAUAAAACAAUAUGUUUAGGCCACAAUUUCAUCUGUCAAAGCAAGUUUAUUUAAAAUACAUAUUGUGAAUUGGAAACUUGA